AUGAAGUGGACCCCGGUCUCCGACAAGCACAAAUAUGCGGUGGCCAUCGCGAAUUUCUUCUGCCAACAGGACAAACCCAACAGACUACAGCUGACCGUGGGAGAGACUGUUCACAUCCUCGAGGAGAAUGGAGAUUGGUAUUAUGGGGCCAACAUGCGGAGCCGGAAAGUCCGAGGGAUCUUCCCGAAGAGCUACGUCGCCCUCAAAGAGUGUCACGUUGACAAAAUCACCACGGUGGAAGAGGUGAUACCCAAAGAGCCGGCAAUAAUAAAAGAGAUAACUGCGGUCCUACGAGAAUGGGAACCGCUGUGGGAGCAACUGUACCUAAGGAACCGAACUUCUUUCGAUACCGUCCGCUCGUACAUUUUCGAGCUUGUGGACGCGCGCCGGAAAAUUCUCAGCGGAACACUCCCAAUGGACGAGCUGCGCGAAAUCAAACAGAAAGUAAUUUCCCGAAUCGAGAUGGGAAACGCGCUCCUCGACCUGGACAUCGUUGUGCGCGACAGCAACGGGAACAUAAUGAAUCCAAAGUAUACGUCGACCAUCGCGGUUCAUCGCGCUCAUCUCGAAGCUUCAGAGCGGAUCGCGUUGCAGCGGAGCGCUCAAGCUCAGAAACAACAGGACCCGUACAACGCAAUCGGUGUUUACAAUAGAGCAUCGAUGUCGGCGACAUACUGCCACAACCUAAUGGUCAUUUUCCGGCGAUUCGAGGGAGGCAAAAUAAGCGACGAUGUGGAUCUAAUCAUGUCCCUCUACGAUCCGCGAGAGGGUCGUUUCAUUACGGAAAACUACGUAGUCCGGUGGACGAAAACGAGCCAAGCCAACACUUUCGAUUAUAAUUCGAUGCGAUGUCUCUUCACCGAUCUCGGGAGCCGAGACUUGAAGCGGGACAGAGUGUGCUUCGUUUGCCAAAUCGUUCGGAUCGGUCCGAUGGAGAUGAAAGAUCCCGAGGCUCGGAAGAGUGCCAACAUCACCAUGGGUACGCUUUCAGGGAAGCCGAAAGUCGAGGCCGGAGACAUGCGUCGGCCUUUCGGUGUCGCUGCUCUGGACAUCACGGCCAUCCUGAAGGGUCAGCAGGAAGCCGAUGAAGACAAACCGUCGUUCGUGCCCUACGUUCCUUGUGGUGAACACGAUUUCCUCGACAGUCUGAUCAAGAAAGUUUGCACCAUGAAGGAAGUUACCCAGAAAGAGCAAAAAGGGCUGUACCUCUCGUUCAAAGCUCUCAGAGGUGAUUUGAAAACCGUUCGAGAAGAAAACCCACAUCUCGUUUCGGCUACCACAUUCAAAGCGCGGAAAAUGGGUUUUCCGGAAAUCAUUCUACCAGGCGAUGUGAGGAACGACCUAUAUCUCACCGUAGUGCAAGCUGAGUUCGCUCGAGGGGGCGUCAAAACCGGAGGGAACAUCCAGGUCACCGUUCGCGUAUGCGACGAGAGAGGAGAUUUGCUGCAAGGGGUCAUAUCUGUGGGUGCUGGAACCGAGAACCUCUCUGAAUAUCAGACGGUGAUCUACUAUCACGAGGACAAGCCCAAGUGGAGUGAAACGUUCAAGGUCGAUGUCCCGAUCGAAGAUUUCUAUAACGCUCAUCUGAAGUUCACCUUCAGACACCGAUCUUCGAACGAAGCCAAAGACAGAACUGAAAAACCUUUCGGUAUGUCGUUCGUAAAGCUCAUGCAGCCGAACGGGACGACUCUCAACGACGAGAUCCAUGAUUUGCUCAUUUAUCGUAUCGAUAACAAGAAGUUCAUCGACAACGACGCUUCGUACCUGGGUUUACCUUCUACGAGGAGCGAACUGGCUCAGAUGCAAUCCAACCAGUCGGCGAUCGGAAACAACAAAUUAGGUCUCUCGCUCUCGCCAAAGGACUAUUUCCAGAUUUCUACUCUGGUUUGCUCCACAAAAUUGACACAAAACGUCGACCUUCUGGGCCUGCUCAAAUGGUUCGAUAAUAAGGCCGAUCUGCAAAGGUACCUGAUGGCACUGAUGAAGGUAGACGGCGAGGAAGUCGUCAAGUUCCUUCAGGACAUCCUCGAUGCUCUAUUCACUAUCCUGAUGCAGAAUUCAGACACGGACGUAUAUGACAACCUCGUCUUCGAGUGCCUUGUCUUCCUGAUCGGUCUCAUUUCCGAUCGAAAGUACCAGCACUUCCGACCCGUAUUGGAUCUGUACAUACAGAAGAACUUCAGUGCCACCCUGGCCUACAACAAGCUCAUCAUCGUUCUCCGUUACUACGUGGAACACCUAUCGAUGAAUUCCCUAAACGAGCCCCAGGGCGGCAUACACCUUCGCGCAGUGAAAUCGUUGGAGUACCUGCUGAAGUUCAUCGUGCAUUCUCGCAAGCUGUUCGCACACCUCAACGAGGACAACGACGCCGAGUCGUUCGAAGAGUCUCUCGACUCUCUUCUGUGUUCCAUAACGACGUUGAUGAACUACAAAUCCGAGAACGUCACGGAAAUACAGGACGCCUGCUUGAAGUAUUUCCCUUGCGUGAUAUCCGACGUUCUGGAAGUUUUCGACGGACCGAAGCUGGCAGAUAUCGUCACCAACUUGAUCAAUAGCGUACCGCCGGGACGUCUCAUGGCACAAAAGCUAACCUGUAUGAAAGACGUAAUCAAAUCGCGUUUAUUCGAGAACCCGGACGGUCGGGCGAUUCUGCUGCCGUGCUUCUGUCGGCACAUCAGAGCUUUGCUCGAUCAUUUCGACUGCGAAGACCUCCGUCGGGUCGACAUGCAGCGCUUGCAGGAAUUCGAGCUGUGCAUAGAAACUAGUUCGGAAAUGCUUCUCUUCCUCUACGGGGUGGAUAACACCUCCAGCGAUGUAUCGUGCGUCAUGAUGUCCAUACUGCGCAGUGUAAUUCAAACCGUAAUCCGACUUGACCGCAGUUCUCAUCUUGUGGGGAACGUCGUCGCUCUGAUGAUCGACAUCUUCCGUCAGAUGAACGACUUCCACUUCAAGAACUAUAUGGCUCACUUCCAGACGGACGUCGAUCUCACGGAUUUCCUCAUGGAAAUCCUCCUCGUCUUCAAGGAUCUCGUCAGGAAGACGGUCUACCACCGGGACUGGUGCGACAUGAUCAUGCUGCAGAACUCCGUGACGCUAACGUGCCUCCGACACUUUUCGAUAGCGAUCAAGGAGCGCUUCCUGCGGAAUUUCGAUGAACAGGUUUGGAACAAUUUCUUCCAUUGCGCGAUCGCAUUCAUGACUCAGGAGUCCCUCCAACUGGAGCAGUUCUCUCCAAACAAGAAGGACAAACUGAUCCUGAGGUACAAGGAUAUGCGUCGCGAAACCGGUUUCGAAGUCCGCUCGAUGUGGUUCUCUUUGAACGAGCACAAAAUUCGUUUCAUUCCCGCAAUGGUCGGACCUUUCCUAGAAAUGACCAUGAUCCCCCAACUGGAUCUGCGGAAGGCGACCAUACCGAUAUUCUUCGACAUGAUGCAGUGCGAGCACUACAGCACGCUCCCUCUGGACGGAACGUAUCUCCAGACGGGCAUCAAGGGGAAUUUCGGGCUUUUCGAAAACGAGUUCAUCACCAAACUCGACGUCUUGGUCGAAGGAGGCAAGGCCGACUGUGAAUACCAGAAGCUUUUCACCGAUCUCAUGUCCCGGCUCGUCGAGAACCAGUCGGGACUCUACAUCAGCGGCACGCGUUUUGUUAAAACCGCCGGCGGCCUCAUGGAUCGACUUCUGCAGUACCGAUCGAUCGCGAACGACGAGAGUAAAGAGAAUCGAAUGAGCUGUACGGUGAACCUGCUCGAGUUCUACAACGACAUCAACCGGAAGGAGAUGUACAUCAGGUACCUCCACAAACUGUGCGAUUUGCAUCUCGAGUGCGAGAACUUCAUAGAAGCCGGAUUCGCUUUGAAACAUCACGCGAAACUACUCAACUGGAGCGAUGACGUACUGCCGAACAUGCUCCGCUCGUCUAAGUAUCCGCACUGCGAUACUCAUCGCGAGCUGAAAGAGCAUCUGUAUUACGAUAUCUUGGAGAACUUCGAUAAAGGCCGACUCUGGGAAGCCGGACUCGGCCUCUGCAAAGAACUGGUUGCACUCUACGAGAACGAGACGUACGACUACAAUCAGCUCUCGCUGCUUCACGGAAAAAUCUCCACUUUUUAUGACAACAUUAUGAAGGUUCUCCGACCGGAGCCCGAAUACUUUCGGGUCGGCUACUACGGUCGAGGGUUCCCGGCGUUCCUGCAGAACAAGGUCUUCGUCUACCGGGGCAAGGAGUACGAGAGACUGGCGGAUUUCUCCGCACGUCUGUUGAACCAGUUCCCGAACGCCGUGCUUUUCACCAAACUCACCGAACCUGACGAUGAAGUCACAAAAAGCAAUCGGCAGUACCUGCAGAUCAAUCACGUCGAGGCAGUAAUGGCGCAUCAGGAACGUUUCAGAGGAAAGUUGGUGCACGACCACAUUCUCAAGUAUUACAAAGUCAACGAGGUGAAAGAGUUCACCUUCGAUCGCCUGAUGCGUAAAACGCCAUCGGGUGGCGGUGGCAACGACAACGACAACGAGUUUGCCAACAUGUGGGUCGAGCGGAAAAGUUUGGAAAUCGCCCAUCCUCUGCCGGGUCUGCUGAGGUGGUUUGCGGUGAUCAGGACCAAGACCGAUGAGGUCUCGCCCAUCCAGCACGCCAUCGAAACGAUGGAGAAGACCAACUACAAACUCAUCGAGAGCAUUCAACAACAGAAAUGCGACAGCUCCACACCGCUGAGUCCGUUCACCAUGAAACUGAGUGGAAUCAUCGAGCCUGCCGUCAACGGGGGAAUAGCCAAUUACGAGAAGGCGUUCUUCACCGAAGAGGCCAUGCGUAACAUGGAGCCUAGGGAUUUGGAUUUCGUUCCGAUUCUGAAGAAGACUAUCGCGGCGUUGGUUCCGAUUCUAGCUGAAGGACUCCGGGUGCAUAAAAUGCGGAUGCUCGACAACAUUCGACAGCAUCACGAACACAUGGAGAACUGUUUCGGAAAGCUCAAAGAGCACAUCGAACGCCAGUACGGCAUAGCGAGCCUUCCGCCAGAAUUGAGCGAUUCCAACCCCGGCAUCCGCGGAAUCAGGAGCCUGAUUUCGCAGCCGCCUUCAAUCCGCUCCGAAAACGAGAGCCUCUCUAAUUUCGGCUCGACCGAUGGAAACUCAAAACAGAACUCGCGUUCGUGGAUGCCCAACCUGACGCUUUCGCGAAAAUCUCGCGAAAGUCGCGAGCGGGAAAGUAGUGUCUCGGCCAUAAAUCGUCGCAAUUCCGGAGCGCCCAGCGACAACGGCUUCGAGGUCGAAUCGAUCGUCGGGAGCAACCACGAACUGAAGAGUAAAAAUUCCAAUUCCACUCAUAGCCUGAGUUCGACGUCGAUGGAAUUCGAUCGGAGCAUUAUCGAACUCAGCGAACCCCUGGUCACCCAGAGACCUCCGCGGGCCGAGCAGGAGAGACGGAGCAGACCCUCUUCAGCCCAGUACACUCGAAACCCGUUGAGUCCGUCCAUUGUAGACAACAACGGCUUCUUCCUGGCGCAUCAGGACAGUCUUCCGGCAUCGUUCGCCGCCGACGAAUCCCCGCCGCCUCUGCCCAUGAAACAGAACAGCGUCGACUGUUCGAGCGUCGUCGUGAACGAUGACGGAGUUGCCCUGAGAAAAUUGCCGCCCAAAUUGAAACCCCCGCCAUUGCCAGUCAAAGAAAUGUCAGCAUCGCCAAAAAAGUGA